CACGGGGCUCAGCAGUGAACCUGUGACUGGCGGCGGAGAGAGACGCUCCGGGGAAAGGAAAGGAAGUUUUGGUUUUUUUUUAGGACAAUGAGUUUCUGCGGGUGGGAGUGUGCGCACCUGUCCGCGCGGCAGGAGCGCGGGAGGUGAUGCGCCCUGCGCUGCACGCUGGGUCACACAACUCGGGAUGGCGACGCCAGAGCUGUGGAGCUACAACUCCACGUCCGCGUGGAACCAGUCCGCGGCGGGACAGGAGCGCUUCGGCAGCCUGGAUGACAUCGACAUGCCGGCCGACGGCUCUCCGGCGCUGCGCAUCCUCAUCUCCAUCGUGUACUCGGUGGUGUGCGCCGCCGGGCUCGUGGGCAACCUGCUCGUCUUCUUCCUGAUGAAAGCGCGCCGCGGGCGCAAGAAGCGCUCCAGCAUCAACCUGUUCAUCCUCAACCUGGCCGUCACGGACUUCCAGUUCGUGCUCACGCUGCCCUUCUGGGCCGUGGACACGGCUCUGGACUUCAGCUGGCCGUUCGGCAACGCCAUGUGCAAGAUCAUCCUCUCGGUGACGGUGAUGAACAUGUACGCGAGCGUGUUCUUCCUCACGGCCAUGAGCGUGACCCGGUACUGGUCUGUGGCGUCGGCGCUUAAGGACCGGACCCGGCGGAGAGUGUGCCCGGUGCGGUGGGUGAUCGCCGGACUGUGGGUGUCCGCCACGGCUGCGUCUCUGCCCACCGCGGUGUUCUCCACGGUGAAGAGCGUGGCCGGGGAGCGGCUGUGCCUGCUCGGCUUCCCCGACGGCCAGUCGUGGCUCGCGCUCUACCACCUCCAGAAGAUCCUCGUGGCGUUCGUGCUCCCCAUGCUCAUCGUGAGCGUGUGCUACCUGCUGCUGCUGCGGUUCGUGCGCCUGCGCAGCAUGAACAACAACCAGGUGAAGCGCCGGUCCCGGGUCACGCGCUCCGUUACCAUCGUGGUGCUGUCCUUCUUCGUGUGCUGGAUGCCCAACCACGCCAUCACCUUCUGGGGCGUGCUGGUCAAGUUCAACGUGGUGAACUGGGACCGGACGUACUACAUGGUGCACACGUACAUCCACCCGGUGACCGUGUGCCUCGCGCACACCAACAGCUGCCUGAACCCGGUGCUGUACUGCCUCAUGCGCCGCGAGUUCCGCAAGAAGAUGAAGGACCUGUUCUGGCGGAUUUCGUCGCCCACCGGGGCGAACAGCUGCCCGCUGCGGCCGUUCUCCGGCACCGUGAGAGCGGAGCCGGAGGUCAUCCCGCUGAACACCGUGGAGACGGAGAACUGCAGACUGUCCGUGUUAACGGACCAGGGCGAAACGGACGCGCUGCAGAGGUAAAGCAGACUUUAAACUACAAAAAAGGACAAAAGUGGGUAAAAAAAAAAAAGAGAGAACUCUAUGAUUUUUGUUGUUGUUGAAAGAUCGAUAUUUGAUCGCCUCAAACUCAUCACGCUACGGAAGAGGAUUAGGGCCACAUGUGAACAUUUUAUUUGAGUUUUAAGUCAGAAAUAUGA